UCCUCCCCCAACUCAACUGCCGUUCGUCGUUCGUGGCCGUCGAUUGUGUCCCGAGACUAGGACGUGGCUCCAGGAGUGCGCAGGGCAGCUGGUCCUUUUCUGUCCCUCCCCGUGAAGGAGGGAGGCUGGUAGCUUUGCCAGCAGCUGCGCAGCAGCAGGGGUGGCCCAUGGACCUGCCUGAGGGCCCGGUGGGUGGUCCCACUGCGGAAAUGUACCUCUGCGAGCAGCCUGAGGAGGCAAGGCUGGGGAUGCCGGUCAGCUUGGAGGAGCAAAUACUCAACUCCACAUUCGAAGCUUGUGACCCUCAGAGGACAGGCACUGUGGCUGUGACCCAGGUGCUGGCCUACCUGGAGGCUGUGACAGGCCAGGGCCUCCAGGAUGCACGCCUCCAAACAUUGGCCAACAGCCUGGACCCCAAUGGGGAGGGCCCUAACGCCACUGUGGACUUGGACACUUUCCUGGUUGUCAUGCGUGACUGGAUUGCUGCCUGUCAACUACAUGGGGGAUUAGAGCUGGAAGAGGAGACCGCCUUCGAGGGAGCUCUGACCUCCCAACAACUGCCAUCUGGAUGCCCAGAAGCUGAGGAGCCAGCCAACUUGGAGAGCUUCGGAGACGAAGACCCCAGACCCGAGCUGCAAGCCACAGCUGACCUGCUGAGCAGCCUGGAGGACCUAGAGCUCAGCAACCAACGUCUGGCUGGGGAGAAUGCCAAACUCCAGCGGAGCGUGGAGGCAGCCGAGGAGGGGUCGGCACGCCUUGGGGAGGAGAUCUUGGCUCUGCGCAAGCAGCUUCGCAGCACCCAGCAGGCCCUGCAGUUUGCCAAGGCUGUGGAUGAGGAGCUGGAGGACCUAAAGACUCUGGCCAGGAGCCUGGAGGAACAGAAUCGCAGCCUUCUAGCCCAAGCCCGGCAGGCGGAAAAGGAGCAGCAGCAUCUGGUGGCUGAGAUGGAGACUCUGCAGGAGGAGAACGGGAAACUGCUGGCGGAGCGGGAUGGAGUGAAGAAGAGAAGUCAGGAACUGGCCAUGGAGAAGGACACUUUGAAGCGGCAGCUCUUUGAGUGUGAACACCUCAUUUGCCAACGAGACACCAUCCUCUCUGAGCGCACUCGCCAUGUGGAGAGCCUGGCCCAGACCUUGCAAGAAUACAGAGUGACGACGCAGGAACUGAGGCUGGAGAUUUCACGCCUGGAGGAGCAGCUGAGUCAGACCUAUGAGGGGCCUGAUGAGCUACCUGAAGGGGCCCAGCUGAGAAGAGUGGGCUGGACCCAGCUGCUGCCCCCAUCGCUGGGCUUGGAGAUCGAGGCCAUUCGACAGAAACAGGAAGUGGCAAUUGCUGAUCUCUCCAACCCUCUGUGUGGGGUGUGGCAGUGGGAGGAAGUCACCCGUGAUACCAGUGAGGAAGCUGAGUUUCCAUCUGAAGCCCCAGCUGGGGGACAGAGAAACUUCCAGGGAGAGCCAGCGCACCAUGGAGAAGGAAGGAAGGAGCCAUCCAUGUGGUUGACCGGAAGAGAGGAAGAGGAGGACGCAGAGAGCCAGGCCACGGCGGAUCUCCCUAUGCCUCUAGGAGACUCUUGCCCUGGAGACAUCCUAGAAAGCCCUCCAGAGAGGCCUGCGCAGCAGGAACUCCAGCAAGCCUUGGUGCCUGUGAUGAAGGAGCUGGUCCCAGUCAGGAGGAAGCCCUGGGGCCAGCUCUGCCUGCCCCCACAGCGGCUAAGGGUCACUCCACAUCCACUGAUCCCAGCUCCAGUCCUGGGCCUGCUGCUGCUGCUGCUGCUCUCUGUCCUGCUGCUGGGCCCGUCCCCACCUCCCACCUGGCCCCACCUCCAGCUCUGCUACCUCCAGCCCCCUCCAGUGUGAGAGGCUCCACUUGCCCCUCAGAGCAGUGUCUAGCUCAGUAAAUCCCGCGGGCCUCUCUCCACUCGGAUCCCCAUUGUUAGCCCAGUGUUGCGCCAGCGUACCCCAGAUGGAGUACAGGGGAUCCACAUCCCUGUGUUGGGUUUUUAUGUGAAGUCUGCUAGUUUUUUAAUGUUGACAUUUCUUAAUAAUAGCAAAACUCCCCAGUAAUGGAUUAAGCACUAAGGAUUAUUCCCUCACAAAACAAGCCUGGCGAGGGCAGCUGUGGGCACACAGCUAAGUCUCGGUUGCCUCGGGGUCGGGGCCUCGGUGAUUCUCCUGUCCCCUCCCUCAUGCUCAGGAGUUGGCGACUGCAGCUUCCUAUAUCACAUCUGCGGGAGACGGAAACUUUUCCCUUCCUUUCUAUAAAGAGAGGCAGUAGCCUCAGUGUGCAGUGGGUAGAUUCAAAUCAUACUCGUAAUAAAAGAGAAGCAGUUGCCUGCCCAGAGCCA